GGAGUCAGUAUGCAUGCAGUUGAUCUCUCUGCCUUUCUGACAGCUAGGCUAGCUUGUGAACAACGCUAAAAAGCCCCGGCUGUGUUUUGGAGAACCUAAUGACUGAACACACCGCUGUUUUUGCUGAUAUUCUCCGUGUCCGCCGGUAUCAUUCUUUUCAAUUCCUCCUUAUGCCAGUGCUCCAGUUCAGGAUCGUCUCUGCAAAAUACUGGGGUAGUGAUGCUGCCCGAGUGAGCUAACCUUUCAACUGUCUUCAGGGACAAAAGCAACAUUUUCAUUGAGCCCAAAGUCAUUGCCAGGAGGUGAAUGUCUCGUUGCUCCCCUCUGAGGUUACAGCCCAGUUGGAGCCGGGCGGUGGGUCCUCAGCACCAGCAGUGAUGCGGGCUUCAGUGGGAGGCUGCAGGAUGAGCGUGGGUGCGCUCCUUAAUGGGCUGCUGGUCUCUGUGGUUGCAGCUCUGCUUUGGAAGUAUUCCAAGUUAAGUGAGCAUGCUGCCCUGCUGGAGGAAGAGCUGCACAUGACGCGGCAGUCACAGGAGGUCUCACAGGAACACAUUGACUACCACGUUGCCCUGCAAGCUCUUCAAGAACAUGGCACCCGUAUGGUCUGUACUGGUAAGAUGCACACUGACCGUAUCUGCCGCUUUGACUACCUCUGCUACUGCUCUGAGGCAGAGGAGUUUGUGUUCUUCCACUCCAAUUCCUCUGUCAUGUUGCCUAAUCUGGGGUCUAGGCGCUUCCAGCCUGCCCUGCUUGACCUGUCAUCAGUAGAGGAUCACAACACCCAGUACUUCAACUUUUUAGAGCUCCCUGCUGCGGCUUUAAAGUUUAUGCCUAAGCCUGUAUUUGUACCAGAUGUGACACUGAUCCUAAACCGGUUUAAUCCAGAUAACCUAAUGCAUGUAUUCCAUGAUGACCUACUCCCAGCCUUCUAUACCAUGAAACAAUAUUCAGACUUGGAUGAUGAGGCUCGUCUGGUGUUCAUGGAGGGAUGGGGUGAAGGCCCACAUUUCGACCUCUACCGCCUUCUCAGCAGCAAGCAGCCACUGCUUAAAGAACAGCUUAGAAACUUUGGCAAAUUAAUGUGUUUUACCAAAUCUUAUGUUGGCUUAUCCAAGAUGACCACCUGGUACCAGUAUGGAUUUGUCCAGCCACAGGGGCCUAAAGCCAACAUCUUGGUCUCAGGCAAUGAGAUCCGGCAGUUUGCCAGAGCUCUGAUGGUAAAAAUGAACAUUACCAGAGUGGAGGAGGCUGAGAAAGAUGGAGGGAGUGCCGAAGAUGAGAAAGAGAAGGAUGAUUAUAUUGUUGUGUUUACUCGUUCAACAACAAGGCUGAUAAUUAAUGAAGCAGAGCUAAUCAUGGCACUGGCACAGGAGUUCCAGAUGAAAGUAGUCACAGUAUCCCUGGAGGAACAGUCUUUCAAUAGUAUCGUCCAGGUGAUCAGUGGUGCUUCCAUGUUAGUAAGCAUGCAUGGAGCUCAACUAAUCACCUCACUUUUCCUCCCCAGAGGAGCUACUGUGGUGGAGCUGUUCCCCUUUGCUGUAAACCCAGAACAGUACACCCCAUAUAAAACCCUUGCAUCUCUUCCAGGCAUGGAUCUUCACUAUAUCUCUUGGAGGAACACUAAGGAAGAGAACACCAUCACCCACCCAGACAGAACCUGGGAACAAGGAGGCAUUGCUCACUUGGAGAAGGAAGAGCAAGAGCGAAUACUGGCCAGUAAGGAUGUCCCCAGGCACCUGUGCUGUCGUAACCCAGAGUGGCUCUUCCGGAUCUACCAGGACACAUUGGUGGACAUUCCUUCUUUCUUGGAAAUUCUCAAAGAGGGCAUGAAGACCAAGCCCAGCUUUAAGAAGUCAAAGUUAGCCAGCACAGUCCACCCAGGCCGGGUUAGAGAACCCCAGUGUCAGACCUCUGUACAAACUACUAAUGAGGCUAAACUCACAGUCUCCUGGCAGAUCCCAUGGAAUCUGAAAUACCUGAAGGUAAGAGAGGUGAAGUAUGAAGUGUGGAUCCAGGAGCAAGGAGAGAAUACCUACAUGCCUUAUAUCCUUCCACAGCAGAACUACACUUUUUCAGAGAACAUUAAGCCUUUCACCACCUAUCUGGUGUGGGUUCGAUGUAUUUUCAACAAGAACCUCCUAGGCCCAUUUGCAGAUGUUCUUAUGUGUAGGACCUAGUAGACAUCUUAUCCAUUUGUUGCUGUACAGCUUCACGCAUAAGCUGAGUCAUGCUCUUUCAGACAGUUGAUUUGAAACAGUGGUCUGUUUGAUUACAGUUUAUCCACUGUGAGCUGGGGAAUGUCAUGGCUUGUUUCUACAAUCCUAGAAGAAGCUAUUGAACUCUUGAGACAGAGAACAUUGAGACUUCUGGAUGAAUGGCAGAAGACUUGAUUACAGGAUCAGAACUUAAUGGUAACAGCCAUUAAUAAAUGGAAAGUAUAUUUCCUAUAACUGUGAAAAAGUGCUAAACCAUGUCUCUACUGAUGUUUCCGAAGUCAGAUCAGCAGAUUUAUUUAUGUGCAAAAUGAAAUAUAAAGUUUUUAGUAUUAGUCAAUGAACUGGUUCUUUACCUUUUACAGUAUGCAAUGCAGCUUUUUCUGUGGAGAGCAAGAGAAAUUUUAGAAUAGCAACAUUUUUUAAUGUUUUAGGAUUUGUUCAUUUUCUGCUGUGUGUGAUACCUGUGUGGUUUCAUUUGUCUAACAAUUGUUUAAUUGCAUACGCCAUUAUUUGUAGAACCUAGACAAAACCAAAGCAUCUUUCCCCAUAAUAUUUGAGCCAAUCAUCAUUCAUGCCAUAUUGUUUUCUCAUGCAGGGUUUUCCCUACUAUAGAAAGGCACGUAACACCUAGUUUAUACUCACCAUUCUAACCUGUGUGCCUGGUGGCACAUGCCUAAUAUGACAUCACAACUGCUAGCGCAUGGUGCACAUUGGUGUCAUUUUGGCUAGUUGUGCAUCUCUCAAUUUUUGUAACUUGGUGCACGAGGUGCCAUUUAACGAGGAUGGAAAAGUAGUAAAUGGAGGAGCUGAGGGCAAGAGUGUGUGAGCAGGUCUGUCUCUACAGACAUACUAUAUACAACCCUGUACAGACAUCUAUGGCUUGCUGUGCUGGCUAGGUAGAAAGCUAGCUAGCUACAACAUGUGCUGUCUAACACAGAAACAUUCAUUCAGCUUCAUUCACCUGUUCUGUAGUUUCAUUAUCUGCUGGCUAGCUUAGGAGAAGAGUGCAGCAGAUCAAGCAUGCCUCAAGUGCGAGUAUAAACAGUUUGUCUCUCUGUUGAUGUCACAGUACGCAGUCUCAAUUUUCAAUGUGUUGAGCACAACAGUAGCUUGUGUUUUUGCAGAGUAGAGCUGUAAUUCUUAGCCCGAACCCGACCCGACCGUCGGGCACCCGACGGGUCAGGCUUAAUUUCUAUCAUUUUUACUCAGGCCGGGCUCAGGCUCGGGCUCGCGCGUUAAAUUAGUGGUC